UCUAUUUGGUGUCAUCAAAAUUCACGAGAUAAGUUCUUAUCUGAUUUUAGCUGCAGGGGCGGCAGCGCCUUAAAGAGCAUAAUAUAUUAUUGGUUUUUUCAUAGUUAAAUCAGAUGAGAACUUAUCGCAUAGUUUAAUUUCGGAAUACGUAUCAAAAGUAACAAAAUCGAACGGCGGUUAAAGAAAAAACAAUAAAAUUAAUAAUUAAAAGCUACCCCUGAAUCCGCUCCUGUGCGCACGACUGCACGACCUACACACAAAAAAAAAAGCACUCAACGAAGCUGGCAGCGCGACUGGCAAAACGGGCCACAAGAAUACAUACAACACGGAGGCAAAUUCGUUCUUGUGUUGUGGUUUAGUUGAGCGUUUGGUGGCGUUGCGAACAGACGGAGAGACACCAACAGAAAUCAGCAGCAGCAAAGCAGCAACAAUUAGAAAAACUAAACAAUAACAAAGAAAAAAUAACAAAAAAAAGAAAAACGCAACAAAUUCGUAAGCUACUCAGCUUGGCCUGGCUUUUGUCAUAGUAAACGCCAUUGACUGGAAUAUUAACAGAGGAAGGAGGAACGGUGGAGCCAGAGAGAAAGACAGAGAGGAAGAGAGACAAAGAGGGGCAGCAGGUAGACUAGCAAGUGGCCCCCACACACGCAUUUGUCGUGUUUCUUUGUUUCGACAAAAACAAAUUUGUUAAAUUAGUGCGCAAUUACAACAGCAACAAAAACAACGGCAGCAGCAGCAAUAGUAACAGCAAUAACAACAAAAGCAGCGUGCGCAGCAAUUUGUUUAAAUCGACGACUGCAGUAAACUGCGCAAAAUAAGCAAAAAAAAAACAAUUGCAUCACGCAACAACAAAACGCAAGCUUAAAAGCAAUAACAAAUUGAAUGCAUAUAAAACGCAACUAAAAGUUCUGCCAAAAAUCAAUAAGCAGCGCAGUAGCAGCGCAGCAACUGCAGCGAGAGACAGAAGCUGUGACUAGUUUAACUACAACUACAACAACGACUACAACAACAGGAACAGUAACUGGCAGCAAAAGCUUUGGCAGCAAUAAAGUUAAAGCUCAAAGCGCAGCAAACGCAGCUAGCGCGCAAAGUAAAGCAACAACAAAAACAAAAGUGAAACGUAAAUUUACAUAAUUUACGUUGUGUAGACACUGGCCGCAGACACCGUUUAAGAGGAGAGUGAGAGUGAGAGCGAGAACGAGAACGAAAACGAGAGCGAGAUGCCCUCAUUGCUGGAGGCGCUCGAGCGCAAAUAUUUUGCCGAAUGCGAAUUUGAGAACGCCAAUCAGCCGGAGCUGCAUAAGCGCUCCGAUCUGCCCAAUGAUUUUACGGUUACGAAAUGCGGCGGUCGCAUGGAAUUCUCAAUUUUUAUACCCCGCCUCUCACCGCUGACCAGUGUGCCCGCACUCCUGGUGCUCAACGAUUGUGACAUCGAUUGUGCCGGAGAUUUUGAGAGUAUUCGUGAGAAAUGUCAGCGUGUGCGGGAAUUGGAUUUGGCACAGAAUAAGCUGCAGGAUUGGCAGGAAGUGUUCAACAUACUGAAGCAUAUGCCAAGGAUUGAGUUCUUAAAUCUGAGCAAGAACCAACUGAUGAGUCCGGCGAGUGCGCUGCAGGCGGCGCCAACGGUGAACCUCAAGAAUCUGGUCCUAAACGGCACCUAUCUGGACUGGAUGUGUGUGGAUGCCUUGCUGCAGAAUCUGCCCGUGUUGCAGGAGUUGCACUUGAGUCUAAACAAUUAUCGAGCCGUGCUGCUGGAUGCCGCGGAGUCGGCAAACUGCAACAACUGCCAAUGCGUGCCACAGACACACAACGACAAAGCGGAAGCGGAUGCGGAUACGGAAACGGAAACGUGCUGCAAUCUGUGCCAGGCCAAUCGCAAGUUAACAAGAGCUCAUCCGGAGCUGAAGACGUUGCACUUCACGGGCAAUCCCAUUGAGCAUUGGCAGGAGAUCUGUCGCCUGGGCAGACUCUUCCCCAGCCUGGAGUCACUGGUUCUAGCCGAGUGUCCCAUCAAAUCCCUGCAAUCCUCCACGGCCACAACCACCGCCACCGCCACUGCCGAACUGGAUUCAGCCAGUGAGAGUCACAAGUAUUUCCCGCACCUGAAGUUGCUCAAUCUCAGCUGCGCCCAGUUGAAUAGCUGGGCGGACAUCGAUGAGCUGGCCAAGUACAGUCAGCUCCAGAAUCUGCGGGUCAAGCACUGGCCCCUGUGGGAGACUCUGGAGUGCACGGAGCAUGAGCGUCGCCAGCUGCUCAUUGCGCGUCUGCCCAAUGUGUCCAUGUUGAAUGGCGGCGGCAAGAUCAGUGUGGAUGAGCGUGUGGACGCGGAACGUGCCUUUGUCCGGCAUUAUAUGGACAAGCCGGAGAGUGAGCGACCAUCACGAUAUGCGGAACUUCUGGCCGUCCAUGGCAAACUGGAUCCCUUGGUCAAUGUCAAUCUGAAGCCGGAGAAACGGGUCAAAGUCGUCUUCACCUACAACGAUGUGAGCGAGAGUCGAUUUGUGGACAUCUAUUUGACGGUCGGCGAUCUGAAGAUCAAGCUGGAGAAGCUCAUCAAUCUGGCGCCAAACAAGAUGCGUCUCUAUUAUCUCGAUCAGGACUACAGAGAGCACGGGCCGGAGGAGAUGCGGUUUCCCAACAAGCGACUCUACAGUUACAAUCUACAGUCGGGUGAUGAGAUCAUUAUUGAUGCCAAGAAGUGAAUUCUCUCCAACAACAACAACGAUGCUACGAGCUGGGUGCUAACAGCAACAACAACUUGUGAUCUUGUAUCAAAUUGUCGGAUACAAACCCCAUAUAUAUACACACACACAUACAUAUACACAUAAAUAUAACGUAUCUUACAUAUAUAUAUCAAUAUAUUAUACAUAUUUUUAUUUUUAUUUACCGCCUUCUGAAAACCAAUUACUGUAUAUACAUUUAAACGGCCAUGACGUGCAUCCACACAGAUACAGUACACACAAACACUCACUCACAUGCAUAAAUAUAUGUAAACAAGUAUAUUUUAAUUACCGUUUAACCUAAGCCAGGCUACAGACUAAAAAAGCAUAACAUUAAAAUUUAAACAACAACAAUUUAAACUGGAA